AUGGCAGUCUCUUUUUGCCGUCUCUUGGCAGGCAAUCGCCCACAGACAGCCCCUCAUUACAUGAACUCCAAGCUCGAAGAUAACAAUGGACCCGGUGUGAGGGUCGAUGCGUAA